AUGGUCACUACAGCCCCAGCAUCAGCAUCAGCAUCAGCAUCUCAAAUCCAAAACAUACUCCUCACCCCCAUCCCACACCUUCCGUGGUGGGCCAACAUUCUCAGCCUAAGCGUGGUGACAAUCGCAGUCGCAAUCAAGAUCGCUCUCUCCCGUUCGCAGGCACCCGUGCCUGUGUCCAUGUGGUCUGCACUAUCUGAUAUGGAAAAGGCCCAGACCCAGACCCAGAAUCAAAAUCAAAUCCAGAACUUAGACUCGCCACCCCCUAUUUCGGCUCUUGAUAUCUUAAAGCCACUGUCGCUGGGUGGAACUUUCCCGAGUAGCGGGGCGGUGGCUGCUAGAGCGCGUGAACAGAUGCAGAUGCAGACGCAGAUGCAAGAGCAGAAUUCAUGUGGGACGCCUGAAUUGGGGGCGAAGACGAUUACUGUGCAAAAGCGCAAUGAGGCGGUGGAGGUUGUUUGUGAGAAAGAUGAUGAUGGGGCGAGGACAUUUCGGCGAUUAGUGGUUGAGUACAAUUAG